AUGAUCUCCUUUUAUAUAUAUGUUAGCUCAACAAACAUAAUUAUUCGAACAAAAAUUAGCACUAAUCAUACUUAUAACACAAUUAUGGCUAAUUUGGACCAAAAUAGCGUCAACAAAAGUAAAAGCAUUAAUGCCAAUUCCACAUCCAUAUUCAGUCAGUCCCGCCGCAAAAUGUCAUUCCGACGGAAGAAGUUACCAGUAGUGCAACCCGAAGCUGGAGGGAAGAAGCAGCGGCGGAAAUUCUCUCCGAUGAAGAUUUUCCGACGAGGUGGUUUGAAGGGACAGAAAUUGCACUACUUAGGUAUGAAAAAAAUAAAAGAUUGUUAUUGGUCAGCUGUAAACGACAUAUUAGAAGGACACGGAGAAGUAGAUACAUUCCGGCGACAGCUUGCAACGGAGAUCUCUUUUCCUAUUCCGGUGAUGGGCUUUUCCUCCGCUAUGUUUUCACCAAAUCCUCGUGCUAUUUGA